AUGGCGAACUCACAGGAGACGCCUAUCCAGAAAGAAAAGCACAGUCCGCACAGUCCCCCGAUCUCUGCCUCGACAGGGCUCACGGCCCAAACGCAGACCCAGCAUCCUCAAGUCAAAUCCGCCGCUCCCAACCCGACGCCCGGCACCACGACCACCACGGCGGGCUUGACUCCGCAGUCCGGCUCCUCAUCGAUAGAGCUCACCACGCGAGAUGACCUCUCCAUGCUGUACCGCGUCCUCCGCUUCCUCAUCAAGCCGCUGCGGCCGCGCCUCGUCCGCCCGCCCAAGACACCACAUCCAGAGGGGAGCCCGCGCCUUUCCCCACCCAAGAAGCGCAACAUCGUGAUCAAAGAGACGAAGCUGGAGGGCAUAUGGAUGUAUCAUCUGCACGCGCUGGGGCCGAGAAGCGAGAAGAAGCAGGGGAUCGAGAAAGCUCAGGGGAACGAGCAGAAGGAUGACCUCGGGAACGCGGACGCGGACGUGGACGCGGGGAGCAACUUCCCCAGCCCGCACAGCGGGAGAUCCAAGGGAAGAGGCUUCGAACGCAAACACUGUGUGUAUUAUUUCUCGGGCGGAGGGUUUCAGUCACCUCCCUCGGGCGAGCAUUGGCGGUUCCUGGCCCAGCUUGCGCAGGACCUGGUGGGUCACCGAUCCUCCGUCACGUUCCCGGGGAGUCAGAGGUCCGUGGACCCGGCCAGCGACGCCAAGAUCGAGCUGAUCAUGGUGUCGUAUCCGCUCGCGCCGAACAGUCCGGCCAGCGAGAGCCUGAGGGUGUUGAGGAACUGGCUGCGCCGGGUGCUGGACGAUGCCGUGAUCAACAAAGAGACCGUGUCGCUGAUGGGCGACAGCAGCGGCGGCAACGUCAUCAUGUCGCUUGGAUUCUGGGCUGUGCAGAACUACGACGUUGGAUCGGGAUUCCCGUCUACCGCGACAGGCCAAGGCCAGAGCCAGAGCCGGAGUCAGAGCCAGAGCCAGAGUGCAGACUUCAACGAUGGACCACCCGACGGCAGCAAGGGCGAGCGAGAGACACAAAGGACGCACUUUCCGUUGACGUCGCUGCUCUCGAUCUCCGGCCCCAUGGACCUGACGAACUCGUCGCCCGAUGUCCCACGUGCGGGUGCGCUCGACUGCGUGCUCACCGAGGAGAUGACAAACGCGGUGGCCAAUAUAUGGUGCGGGCAUGAUCGGAACCGUCCUUCGCAAUAUUCCCCCGUCGCGCUGUCAGCGCCGGAGGUGUCGCCCCUCUUCCAGCCUGAUGCGGCCUUCCGGGCUCUCAGAGAUAAGAAGCUGAAUGUGCAUGGAGUGUAUGGCACGCAUGAUGUCCUGAGUCCCAGCGGGAUAGACUUUAUGAAGAAGUGCCAAAGGUUAGGGGUCAGGGGCAGAUGGCUCGUGUGGGAGGGUCAGAUGCAUUGCUUCCCGCUUGCCGCGGGAGGCGACCGGCUGGGGAUCCGCGAGGGGAGAGAGGCACGGAAGUUUGUCGAGUCGGUAUUGAGGGCGGAUGCUGAGAUGGAGGACUGA